GUAAUGGACAACACAGACAUCCACUGUGUGCCCAACACCUUGAUGAUUGUGGGUCUUGCUUCAAUGGUCAUCAAUUACUUUGCCAGUCGAAUCUGCCAAGAUGCCCUAGAUCCUGGGUGUUUCCCACGAUGGAAGACCUUCCUGAAGCCCUAUUUUGUAUGCUCAGUAUUCUUCACCACCCUUAUGCUGAUUUCAGUCAUCUUGAGUUACGCCAUGAAGGGCAGCCUGGAGACCUCCCUGAAAAUCAGCUUGGAGAAUGGCAUCCGCUUCUACGAGGACACCGACACUCCAGGCUGCUGCUUCCAGAAGCAGACCAUUGAUCACCUUCAGAUGGAGUUCCAAUGCAGUGGUAAUAACGACUACAAGGAUUGGUUUGAGGUGCAGUGGAUCAGCAACCGUAACCUGGAUUUCAGAUCAAAGGAAGUUAAGGACCGCAUUAAGAGCAAUGUGGAUGGCCGUUACUUGGUUGAUGGUGUGCCCUUUAGUUGCUGUAACCCUAGUUCUCCCAGACCCUGUAUCCAGUACAAAAUCACCAACAACAACUACGACCACCAGACCGAAGAACUCAACAUCUUCAUUCAUGGUUGCAGAGAAGCCCUGGUAAACUAUUACAUGGGGCUGAUGAACACCUUUGGAGCUGUAGUUCUGUCUGUCUUCCUGCUUCAGGUACUCCAUACUGCACUUGUGAUCGAUAUGAUACAUCUUCAUUCACUGCUACGAACUGAUGGCGGUCAUAUAAGUACGAUUUAAACCAUGCUAAUGCACUUCCACUGAUGCCAACAAAGUGUUCAAGUCUAUGCAAAAGAAUGCUGUGGUCAAUUGUGUCAAACGCAGCACUAAGAUCCAAUAAAACUAAUAGAGAGAUACACCCACGAUCAGAUUAUAAGAGCAGAUCAUUUGUAACUCUAAGGAGAGCAGUCUCAGUACUAUGAUAUGGUCUAAAUCCUGACUGGAA